AUGAAUGAAGACAAUGAUAUUGCCAUUGUGGGUAUUGGUUGCAUGUUCCCUGGUGCUGAGAACCUUGAAGAAUUUUGGAAAGUCUUGGUCAACGGAGAAGACCAUGUCCAGGAUAUUCCUCCUGAGAGGUUUAAUGUAGAAGCUUACUAUGAUCCUGAUCCUGAUCAUCCCUACAAGUCCUAUGUAAAAAAGGCUGGCCUUCUACAAAGGUAUGACGAGUGGGACAAUCGAUUCUUUGGUAUCAGUGACAGAGAAGCUGAACAAGUUGACCCUCAGCAUCACUUUGUACUGGAGACCGUGCACAUGGCUCUAGAAGAUGCCGGAAUUCCAAAAGAGAAAAUAGCGGGCACUGACACUGGGGUCUAUAUUGGUGCAAUGAGUCACGACUGGGACUCUAACCUCCGGACGGCUAGACAGAAAACUACAAACACUACUGUGACUGGCUGCGACUCCAGUAUUCUGUCAGCAAGAAUCGCUUACUUCUACAAUCUGCUGGGUCCUGCUAUGACAUUGAACACUGCAUGCUCGUCAUCCAUUAUAGCUUUUCACACAGCUUCCCAGGCGCUAAGAAAUGGUGAUAUAUCUAUGGCAAUUACUGGUGGUGUAAAUUGCAUCCUUGAUCCAUCCAUUUUCAUCAGUUUAUCUACAGCUAGAAUGGCAUCACCAACUGGGAAGUGUCACACCUUCUCCGAGAAUGCAGAUGGAUACGUCCGUGGGGAGGGCUGUGGGAUUGUCAUAUUAAAAACACUUAGAGAUGCUCUGCGUGAUAAGAACAAAAUUUGGGGCACUAUUUUUACGGGACUAAAUCAGGAUGGUCACACAGUCAGUCCAAUUACAUCCCCAUCUGGCAAACAACAGGAGCAGCUGCUGGAAAAUGUUUUUGAGAAAUAUAAAAUCCAGCCAAGUAAUGUGCAGUAUAUAGAAGCGCACGGUAAAAUCCUUAACUUAAAUUUAAAAACGCAUACAAGUUAUUAG